GCCGAUUCUAAAGUUCAUACCUCAAUGAUGGAUCUUUUAAAGUCAAAAAAUAUUCAGUCAUACUCUUUCACACCCAAGGAUCAAAAGCAGACAUCCCUGAUAAUCCGAAACCUCUUCUCUCUAACUGAACCAGAGGCAAUUAAAAACGAACUAGAUCAGUUAGUUCCUGAAACAGUGGCCAGUGUCUCAAAAUUUAGAACACCGACAUCAAUUAAAAACAACACUGAUACGGGUCUUUUCUUAGUUUGCUUAUUGCCAGGAAAGAAGUUUGGCGAAAUUUCACAUAUUCGCCAACUGCAAUACCAAUCCAUAAUCUGGGAGAAACCCAAAAAAAGGGAUACCUUCGUCCAAUGCCGAAGAUGUCAAGGGCACGGACAUAUAGCACGUAAUUGCAAUUGCUCUUACAGAUGCGUUAAAUGUAAAGACAAACAUCUUCCUGGAGAAUGUAAAAGGUCCAAGACAGACACCUCGGAACCUUACUGUGUUAAUUGCGAAAAAACAGGCCAUCCCGCCAACUGGCGAGGAUGUCCCUCCUAUAAAAAAUAUGCCUCCGACAGGAAAAAAAAGAUGGCAGUAGCAUUAGAAAACAGAGCUCUAGCUCAAAACAAUGUAUCUAAAGCAUUAAACACAUCCAAAUAUUCACCGGAAAAAACUUUUUCAAACUUAUUUAAAAGUGUCACAUCUAUUCCCCAAGAUUCAACCAAAAAACCACAAAUAAUUCAAGACUUCCUUAAGUUAGCAAAUCUUUUUUUGGAACCUGAAGAGCUGACCUUAGAGCAAGAAAUUCAAAUAUUCCUAACAGAAUAUAAAAACUUGUCAAAAACCGAAGCAAAAAAACAAUUUUUAAUGCUUCUUAAUAAAGUUAAAUUGAAUUAUGGACCAUAGAUCACUAAAAUUUCUUACUUUCAAUGUACGAUCCCUUGUGGAUAGAAGUCGACAAAUAGAAUUAAAAAACACACUACUUCACAAUAACAUCGAUAUAGCAUUCAUCCAGGAAUGUCAUCUCAGAUCCAACAUGCGUGUCAAAAUAAGUGGAUACACUUUUGUCUACGAUAAUUCUCCCACUGGAGUUGCAAUUUUCAUCAAGGACUCAAUUCAAUUCAAGAGAGUUUCCGUUCCGGCCACUGGCAUUAAUACGACACUUAUAGAAAUCUCAUCUAACAAUUCAACAAAAAAAUACCUUCUGGGAUCGGUAUAUAUCCCGUGCAGUUAUCCUGUACAGCGCCUCGAUCUUGAUCUGAAUACAUUACUUCAGUUAUCUAGCAACUUUGAUGGUUUCAUCUUUGGAGGGGACUUAAACUCCAAAAGUCCAACAUGGGGCGACUCCUACGAAAACUCAAAUGGAAGAGUCUUGAGGUCCUGGUUAUCAGAUAAUUCUAUGGAUGUCAUCAGGAUAUGCGAUACUAGCCCAUCGUAUCCAAGUGGUACCUCUUACCUGGAUCAUUUCCUACUCAGCAACCAUUUAAUCAACAGUAGAAAUCCUAACUAUACUAUAUCCACUAGACCCACUUUCUCGGAUCAUUUCCCCAUUAAGUUAGACCUAAAACUUGAUCAUUUAAACAUCGAUUUGACGCCUCCGCAAUUCUUCAUAUCUUAUAAAAACACUAAUUGGCAUAACUUUCGUCAGGACAUAGACGUUAUCUCACGUCAAAUAAUGCCUUCCAUCAAUAGGAACCUGACCAAUGACGAGAUUGAUACCACUCUAAACGGUUUUAAGAGUCAUUUUUCCAACAUCCAUGAAAUACACUCCGAAAAAUUUAAAAUAGAGGAUAGGAGCCUACCAUACUCGGACAAAAUCAAGAAAAUCCUACAAAUUAAACAUCAAUGGCAACGAAAUCUCAAAAAAAUCUUCCAUCGUUCAGGCAACAGGACAAGCCCGCGUUCAAUAUACUGCUAUGAAUGUGACUCGUGGACAGAUGCCCGAUGCAAGGAUCCAUUCAAUUAUACUGCAUUGCCAAGAGAUCAGCCACCGUUGAUGACAUGCAAUGGCUGUUGUGUUAAAAUGGUGCGACACUCGAAAUCACCCUACGAAGUUGUUAGACGCAUGUGUACGUCACAACUACAAAUAAAUUUAUUUAUGGUCGAUCAUGUGUGCAUGAUGGAAAGUUCAGGCAAUGGACAUAUGUGCUUUUGUGAGGAAGAUAUGUGCAAUUCUAGUAAAAAUUUAUACACAUCAUCUAACAUACCCUACAUUAUCGCCACAUUAAUGACAUUUUUAGUAGUGCUAAACACACAUUUAGGAACUAGUUCACAAUACCUUCUCCUACUAUCAUCAUCAAUCUCUACUAUUUUUCAAACAUUAUGGUCGUCAUCAUGGUUACUAAUCUCCUUCUUGUUACCAACAUCAGCAUCAUUAUAUCUUACAUCGUUUUUGAAUAAAACAUCAACAACAACAAAGACAACAACAACCACUUUUACUACUACUAAUAAUAAUAGAACAACAUCUCAAAAAACUACUACUACUACUCCAACAACAACAACUAUUACUUCCUUUUAUGAUCCUCCUUUUCCUGUUAAUCACAGAUAAAUAUGUAGUUCGAAAAUCAAACAAAACAAAACAAAAACUUAGUACAUUUACUAACUUAUUAAUUAAUUGCAAUUGCAUACAUACAUAUUAAUCAAAUGUAGUUGUGUUUGAAUUCUUAGUUACAAUCAUCAUAAAACACACACACACACAGAAACACAAAAAAAUAACGAGAACAUGAAAUAGAACACUACACACAAACACACACCCAGAGACACAUAUUUACACAUAGUUUUACUUGUUAAAUGCUAAAUUUAAUUUAUUUAAAUUAGAGCUCCUCCCUCGUUCUUAAGGUUUCAAAAGUAAUUUUAAUGGAAAUUAUCGAAAAUUAAAAGAAUUAAUUCAAAUGAAGAUGUAUUUGUAAUAAGAUUUCCCUAAAAUUACAUUUGAAACAAAUGCUUAGUUUUAAAUUAAAAAUUCUUAUAAAGAAUUUGAUUGUUAUUUUUUUUUUUUAAUUUUUCAACUUCCCCAUUUUUUGUAGACUUUGUAGUAAUGCUAAAGACAUAACAAACAAAAACACCUGAAUAACCUUUAAAUUAUUUAACAAAACUAAAAUAAAGCAACUAUUUUUUAUUUAUUGUCUAUUUGUAAAAACAGUUUCCAAACGUUUCUAUUCUUUUUUCUCAACAUUUUUAUUUAAUUCCCUUAAUGUAGUGAAAUGUUUUUAUUACUCUUUCCAUAUGCUUAUCUUGUUUGCUUUGACAAAUGAUUAUUUCAUUUGCAUUACUCUCCUCUCUUCGCAGAGAAAUUUGAAAUGUUACAAAGAGUACCUCAAAAGGUUUUUUUUUAAGAAGAGUUAAUGCAUUUCUUUAGGAAAUGUUCAUACUCUACGCUCAGCCAUAUGGCUAGAGAGGGUAUAUAUCAUUUGAUACGGCCAUAACGAACCUCUCUUUGGGACAAAUCCGUUUCAGGCCAUUUGGAGUCGAUCUAGCUAGGCCCGCCCGUCUGUCUGUCUGGCUGGCUGGUGCGCAGAUAACUUUCGUAAGGAGUAUCCGAUUUGAUCCAAACUUGGUAAAUCAUAAUAUUAUUGCCAAACUUACAUCGAGUUCGGAGAUGGGAAAUAUCGGUCCACUCCUUCUGGACCCCCUCCCCCACAAAAAGUCGAAAUUUAAAAAAAUAUAUUUUCUGCACAGAAACAGAAAGGAUAAUCCAAUUUUGCUCAAACUUUGCAAAUCCUAAUAUUUGCAUUAAUACUAGAUCAUGUGCGAAAAUGGACAAUAUCGGUCCACUUCGUCAAGUACCUACCCCACAAAGGGCCAAAAUUUUCGAAAUGUUAAAAAAAAAUUCUGCACAGAAAGGGAAACGAUAAUCCAAUUUUGCUCCAACUUUGCAAGUAUUAGUAUUUGCGUUAGUGCUAGGUCAGGUGCAAAAAUAGAAAAUAUCGGUCCACACUAUUAAGUACCUCCCACACAAAGGGUCAAAAUUUUGAACAUUCAUGAAGCUCAUAAAACACGAAAUUAAAAUCCGAUUCCAUGCAGACUUGGCACUUCUCAAUAUUUUCAUGAACACAAGAUCUGUUAUUAGGAUGGUAGAGAUCGGACCAUUCCUUUUGGUACAUCUCCCACAAAACGUCGAUAUUUUGAACUUUCAUGAAGCUCAUAAAACACGAUAUUAAAAUCCGAUUCCAUUCAGACUUGACACUUCUCAAUAUUUUCAUGAACACCAGAUAUGUUAUUAUGAUGGUAGAGAUCGGACCAUUCCUUCUGGUACCUCCCCCACAAAGGGUCAAAAUGUUGAGUAUCCAUGAAGCUCAUGAAAAGGGAAAUAAACAUCCGAUUUCAUAAAGAUGGUAGAGAUCGGACUAUUUCUUCUGGUACCUCCCCCAUAAUUGGUACAAGAUUUUGCAAAACAAAACGUUCAAAGAAAGCAAAAAUAGCAUCCAACUCCCUUCAAAUUUCACACAUUCAAAUAUUUUUGGUAAUUGCGAACCCAUUCUGGUACCUAACCCACAAAGGGUCACAAUUUCCGAAAUUUAUAAUUUCGCUAAAAUUGGAUAUAAAUGUUCGUUUGUCUUCAAAUUUUGCAAAUACCAAUAUUUUUAUCUGCAUUAGAUGAAGUAUGAAAAUGGGGUACUUCAUCUCAUAUAAUGUAUAGGAAGUAAUCGAUAUAGUCCAAAUCUGACACGUUUUAAUAUGUAUAUCAGUGUUAAGUCAGAUACGAAUUGGUCAAUGUUGGCCAACUUCGGAACUUCCCCAUAAAGGGUCAACAUUUUGAAUAAUUGUAACUCAAGGCUGGGGGUAUACAUAAAGUAUAUAAAAGUUUAUACAUUUUAUUAAGAAAAGUUAAUAAUUUUUAUUUAAGAAAUAUACAUACAUACUAGUAUUUAUAAAAAUUUCACAUUUUUUAUUAAGAUAAAUUUUUCAAGAUAAAUUCAUAAAAUUCUCGAUCCAACUUUUUCAACAAUUUUCUUUGUGACAUUUCAACUUCUCUCAAUUCUAUCCUGCAGUCACAUUUUAUAUGAUUCUCACAUUUCACACAUUUUCUUUAUUUUUGAAAAAUUUUCAAUUGCCCGAAGCAAACACCAAUUUGUUAUUUGCAAUAACAAAAUAACAAACAAAAACAAUUCUAUUAAAAGAAAUUUGCAAAAAUAUAUAUAUUUAUUUUAUUUUUAAUUAAAAUAAUAUUUAUUUCUUUAUAAGUUUUAUAUUUAAGAAACAAAAAAAUGACAAAAAUAAAUAAAAAAAUAUUUGAUAUUAAAAAAAACACAUAAAUUUACAAACCAAAAACCAGAGGCUUUAAAAGUUUUUGUGCAUGUAUUUGUAAUUUGUUAAUUAAUUACUAUAUUUAUUAUUUAUUUUUCAAUUGUUAAUGUGUAAGGCAUGUAUAAAAAAAAACAAUAAGGAAACCAAGAUAUGGUAAAAAUUACGAAUAAAUAAAAGAAGAAGAAUUAAUUUAAAAAUACAUAUGUAGUUUAUUGCUUGUAAAAAAGAAAAAAAUUAACACAAAUAAAUUCUUAAAACCUAUGGAAGAAUCAAUCACAUUAUGAUAUAUUGAAAUGUUAUUAAUAGGAAUGAAAACCCAAAAAAAAAAAAAAACAACAUUUGAAAGUUACCAAUAUUUGCUCAUUUAUCAUAAAUAAGUUAUAUUUUGUGUUUUUUUUUUUUUAUUAUUUUGUUUUUUGUUAAUAUCAAACAAAAAGAUAAGAAAAGAGCUCAUACUUUUCUUUGAGAAAAGUGUUGUGCCUGAAGAUCAUACUUUCCUUUAUGAAUAGUUCAUACUUGUCUUUAUGAAAAGUUCAAGUACAUACUUUUCAUCAUGGCACAAUUACAGAAGGUAGAACAAAGCUACCCCCUGAAUACAUUUUUUUUCUUUUCAUAUUUUCAUAUUUUCAUAAUUUUUUUAAGAAAAGUUUAUACAUUAUGAACUGUUCGGUACUUUUCUUUAAAAAAAAUCUCAUAAUAUUCAUGAAUAAAAUGUUCGUAAGGAAUGUUCUAUAAGAAAAGUUCAUAUCUUUCUUUAAGGAAAGAUCAUAAUUUUCUUCAGAAAAGUUCAACAAAAUUCUUACUUUUCAUUAGAAAUGUUCGUACUUUUCUAAAACUAAAACUUCGUACUUUUCUAAAAGUAAAAGUUGGUACUUUUCUAAAAGUAAAAAUUCGUUCUUGUACUUAAGAAAAGUUAAGACUUUCAUGAAGUAUUUAAAAAAGGUUCAUACUUUUCAUCAAAAAAUAUCAUAUUAUCUAAUAAAAAAGUUUGUACUUUUCAUUGAAAACAGUUCAGACUUUUCUUCGCGAAACUUUAAUACUUUUCUUUACGAAAGGUUCAUACUUUUCAUUAAGAAAAGUCCAUCGUUCAAAGAGAUCUUAAUGUUGUCGUCAAUAUUUAGUUACUUUCCUAGUUUAGCGUUCCCUAUAUGUUCAUACGUCAAAGACCUAAAAUGGUAAAGACUAGACAAAAUGCAUUUUGAGCAAAUGGUUUGUGUCUAUACUAUCUAGAUAACAGCCCAUGGCAGGACCAUGUUAAUAUAAAAAACCCAUUUAUAGAAAAAUAAGACAAACAAAAAUUUUAAAAAUCCAAAAAUUGGGUUUCAAAAUUUUACUCCAUAGACUUUCCCAGUUAAUUGCAUAUUGCCUAAUCGGUUUUAAUCGCCUAACAUUGCUAACUAUGUUGUUACGAUAUCAUAACAACAGAGGUAUUUUCACAGUGUUGCCAUAUCUUGACUCUGUCUUGUCCCAUCUUUAUACUUCUAUGUCUUUGCAUACGUUCCUUAUCUGUUAGUUUAGCGUUCCUUAUAUAUUAUUCGAGCCACAAUUUCAUACAUACGUAUUUUAUAGAAAACCCGUAUUUUAUAGAAAAAAAUUGGACGAAUUUCAAUUUAACUACUUCUGAUUCAUGGCGCAAUAACAAGGUGUUCCUGCAAAUUUUAAAAACCAUAUUAAAUGUCAAAACUUAUUUACAUUUGUGUGCCAUUUGUUUAUCUUUUGUUCUGCGAUUUCAAUCACAAUAAUGCAUUUUGACAUUAAAUUUAGUAGUCAGCUGUCUUAGACCUUAUACUUGGGCCAAGAGUCAGCCCAUCCAAUUGUCUACCGAUAUGAUAUUUGACACAAUAAAAAGAUACUCCCAUUGCUCAUCUAUUAGAUCAUUUGAUAAGAUCAGCUGAUUUCACUCGUAUUGUCAAAUGCUGCAAUUAAACGUAUGAGAUCGUAAAACGUAAACAAAAGUAUUAACAGUAUGCGAGUUUUUCAAUAACAACGGUAUUUUUCCUUAAUAUCUACGCGACCUGUUUAAUGGGCCUUGAGUACUCCGUUUGUCCUCUAGAAGAGUUGUCAAAAUACUUAUUGUGAUUGGAAUCUUACUAAGAAGAAUAUAAACAACGAGUAAACAAAGCGUAAAGAAAUGUUUAUGUUAUAAUUGCGUCAUGGUGACAAAUGAUUGUUAUCAAGGUAGUUUUAUGUGGUCAUUCGCUAAGACUAACUGUAACCAAAAAAAUUGAUUUCAUUCAGUAUUUCAAUCAUAAAAGAAGUUUUUUUCUAGUGAUAUAGCGACGGGAUUAUUUGACGGUGUAAAACCAACUAAUGCGAUGCGCUUUUGUGGUGUAAAAUCGCCGUUGAGUUAUGCUUUGUUCCUUUCUAUGGUAGAAGAAUUCAGGUAGAUAUAUCAACGAGAACAUUGAUGUGUCAAAAUUUUUAAAAUGUUUUUUGUUUUCAAAAAUAUAUAGAUUUUUUACGUUUUCUUAUACGACUCCAAUCGGAGGUUAUUAUACUAAACAUAUUUUUAACAAUUUUUGCAAAUUUGAAUAAUUUUGCAUUCAAAAUAUUCAAUUUCAAAACUAGUUUGACAGUUCAUUGACCCAGCAGCUGUGUCGAUGCGACUACCUGUAUUCUUCUAACAUGGGCCCAAUUGAAAACAAAAUAAUUUUUAUUAAAAGUGACGAGAUAAUUUAACGGUGUAAAACCAGCUAAGGCGAUGAGCCAACAUAUUCCUUUGUUGUGUAAACUCGCCUGUGUUAAAAGUAUAUAUAUGUAAAACCCUGUUGAAAUUGAAAUCGUUGUUUAUUCAAGAUUUCUUUCUUUACUUUACAAAUAUUAUAAAGUGUAUCCUAUGAAAAGUGUUGUCAUUUUCCAUGCGGGAACAUAAUAAAAAUUUAAAUGUGGCAAGUUUUAUUGUGCUAUUUUGUUUCAACAAUACCGGGGAUUUUCUUUUCAUGGCAAAACGUCAAAGUAAACAUAAAAUUUAUAUUGUUUAAUUCCAUUUAGUAAUGAAACAUUAAAUAAAUCAUAUCAUUAUCAGGUAUAUCGGAAAAAUGACAUUAAAAAGGCAACAUUCUUCAUAAGUAAAUUAUAUUUAAUUUUCUGAAACAUAAACAAAAAUCAUAAAUAAUUUUAAGUUAUUAUAUAGAUUUUAGUUAUACAUUAUUCUGAACAUAAAUAUUGGCAACAUAAGAGUAGAAUUGAAAACAAAUUUUUGUAAUCACAAAAUUUCCAAGAAAUAAACAUAAAAUGCCUUUUAAUUAUGAUUUUGUGUUUUUUGUUUUGUCUUUGGUUUUGGUUUUGUUCAAACGUAGAGUUGAUAACCUUAAGCUUGGGCACACGACAUAUGCAAGUGGGAAAUUUCUUUAAAGGAUUUUGGCUUAAAGAAAUGUCUUUCAAUUGCAUUAAUCGUGUUAACGUAGUAUUAGAUUCCCUCCAGUAGAAAAGUGAAUUAAGCUUAAUGAAUGUUCUCUUUUUUCUUUUUUGUAAUUUAUUAAUGAACUAAUUUCGAAGCUGCUGUUCUGUAAAUUUGUUUUCCUUUUUUAUUUCAAAAAACAAAAAGAAAAAACUUCAAAGUUCUUACACAAAACUCCUACACAUACAAAUCACAAUAUUAAAAACUCUUAAAGCAUGAUGUUUUCCCCAAGUUCAACACCUAGAAUUACAUAUUUGUUUAAAUUGAAAUAUUACUUACAGAAGUUAUGAGUUUGUAGACUUCUAUUCGAAAAACAAAACUAGUAAAGUGUUCUGAAGAAAAUUAUGCACCUGGUUUAAGAGAAAAACAAAAAAAAAAAAAGCCACUCUUGCAAAUCACAAAUAUUGCACUUUGAAAGAAAUUUACGUUCUGUGUAAAAUAGUCUGUCAUAGCAUGUAUAUUUUAUUUAAAAUUAAUGCAUAAAUAAAAUGAGAAAAAAUAACACUCAAUUCCAUAGUUUAGAAUUUAAACAAUUAUAUACCACACAAAACAAAAAAAACAUAUUUUCAAUGCAGGUCCAUGUCACGGCAUGUUAGUAGUUGUCAAAGCAGUACUAUACAUUUUAUGUGAAGAUAGCGAAAAUUGUACCCAAUAUGACUGUGGAAUAGAAGUAAUGGUUCAAAAUGGUCUUCCAAGUCGCUUUCGAGUCAAUGUUGAAAAAACACAUUGGGCGCCAUCUUUGUGGAAAUAAUUUUCUACCAAACAAAACUUCUCGCUAAUAUGGCAUUCGAUUGCGUCUAACUUCAGAGUAGUUACUAGCAAUCGUUCACAUAUGCAGAGAUGGAAAUGCUGAAUUUAUAUAAUAGCUUAUGCGAAAUGCAAUGACGGCCAAAUGAUAUUAGGUGUGUACGAUAACCUGUCUAGUAAAAGGUUUACGGAGAGAAUUUUCUCUCUCACGUACAAAUAUUGUAAACAUUUAUCGAACAACAGUCUUUAAAAUCUAGCAAAAAACAGCUGGAAGACUGCUCUCUUUACUCGCUUUCAUUUUCUGGGCUUUGGGUUAUCAAACAAUAUUUAAUUAAUAUUUUUAACAAAAUAUUGGGUUAUCGUAGGAUAGAUAAAUCAUGGGUUUCAUUGUUUUGUCAUGGAUUAAUCGUUACCGAAUUUAAACAAGACAGCGUUGAAUAUUUGGGAAGCAAUGCCCGGCCCAUGUUAAAACCCUUAACUUUGCGAUUUUGAAAGUCUCUUUCGAGUCAAUGUUUAAUGUUUUAAAGCCCUUAGCUUUGAGUUCUUCAGAAUCUCCUUCAAUGUUUACAAAAUCCAUCUUUGGGGGAUAAUGUACAAAGAAAACCAAGUCAAUUUUAGAAACUCAUUCAAUGCCAUCUUUGGCUGAUAAUUUACAAAAAAAAAAAAAACCAAGUCAUGUCGUGACUGUUCUCUAGCUUCUCCCUGUGAUUCUCCCGAAGAUUUCAGAAAAUGUUGAUUUCCUGAGCAGAUAUUCCUUGUCUUACAGUAGACACGACUGACAUGGAACGGUUUUCGGGUUUAUAGUUGAAUAAAAUAAAACCUCCCAGACGUUGCCUUCAUAACAUCCUUGGAAUUGAUGCUUGGUCGCCAUCCAUGUACCCUAAGCCUUUACAACGGUCAUAUUAUAAUAAAACUUUGAAUUGACAGUCUCUUUCGGGUAAAUGUUUAACAAAAUGCCAUUGGGCGCCACCUCUGUGAAAAAAUCUACAAAAAAAAAAACAAAUCAGUCGCCAAUAAAACUUCUCAUAAAAUCUAUAGACGCUAGAAUAUAUGUCAAAAUGGAAUACAUCAAUACUUACAGUCAUUAGUACUCUCUCUCCCUCUCUCCCUCUCAUAUAUAACUAGAAAAUUGUAAACUCUAAUGCAUCUUUUCAAAAUCUAACCCCUUCUCUAUGACUUUUUUCGAAAUUAAUGUCCUCUACCAACUACAACAACAUCAUAACAUAAUAUCAGUCAUGGUAGAAUAUUUCUCUUCCCUCAAUACAGAAUAUAGGGGUAAAAUAGAAGAAUUUAGAAAAAACCAACAACAAUAAUAUGAGUAAAUUUUUACUACGGCGCGCAUUAGAAUUCAACUCGUUUUUUCCAAAUUUAAAGAACCGCAACAUCCCAAAGAAAGUCCAAAAAAAAGGAAAACAAAUAAUUGUAGUAAAAAAAAGAAGCUUGAACUAAAUGUCUUUCUUAGAAUUUAUGGCAAGUAACAGGCGUAAAUAAUAUCCAUAGAUUCCUCACAAUAUAAAAAGCACUGUAAUCUUCAAAAUAAGCUUACAAAGCUGAGUAACAACAAAGCAAAGAAAUAAUCAUUAUUUGAACAAGUUUUUAGUUUUCUUUAGUUUUUUCGAUGAUUUUAAGUUUUUUUUUUUUUCUUAAUUUAAAUAAAAAAAUCACUCGCCUCUCUCACGUUUUUAUAUAUUAUUAAGGAAAACAUAUACAAAAUUUCAAAGCUUCAAUGAUUUAGUGGCCUUUUAUCACCAAUAAAAUAAGCAUUUUUUUAUUAAUAUUCACCUUCAACCUUCUUAAGACAUGCGAUACACUCUCUUCAAAAAAUAACAUCAAUUCAUCUCUCUCUCUCUAUCUCACCUCACAAAUAUUUUCACAUGUAGUAAAAUAAACAUUGUUUUGUCAUCACAUCACAUUUCUAUCCUUUAACUCUCUCUAUUAACAAUUAGUAAGGUGACUCUUUAGUACAAGACUCAAUUAAUUGCCAAUGUAAAGCGGGGGUGUAAAAACGGCCUCUUAACGUAUUAUAUGGCCAUUUUUACACAUACCAAGGAAAAUAUAAUAUUGUUCAUACGAUGUUGCAUAUGAUAAUUGAAUGUAAUAACUGGUUCACACAGUUGUAAAAAUAAAACGAAAACCUUGCGGCAUGUCUAUAAAUAAUAUUUAUCUUUACAUUGGCAACUAAAACAGCAUAUCUUCUCUUAAACAAUUUUCGUUGUUAUAAUUUUUUUAUCAUUCCCUCCCAAAUAUAAAGAACAAUAAAAAAAGUACGCAAAGCUUAUGAGAAACCAUUGAAACGAAAUGCCAUCACAAGUGGGACCGUACUUUGAUAGUUUUCGAAACCAAAGGAUCGAUAAACGACUACUAACACCUAAUCGCCAAUCACAACACCCUUAAUAUAGAUUUACUAAUACGAACUACAAACUACAGUACCACUUGACGAUGAGCUGUCACGAUUUCUUUCUAUUGUUUUUUUUUCAAGCAAUAAAAAUUCAAUGAAAGAAAUUAACAAAAGUGCUUUUUCACAUACGAUACCAGUGGUCUGAUACAAAUUUUUUCAUCAUGUACCACCAAAUCGCACCAAACGAAACGAAAAAAAAAAAUCAAGUCCUUUCCCUAUAAUAAGAACAAAAUAAAAAUCAAUCAACCCAGCUACCGGCCAACAAACUGAAAAGCUUUACGUCCCGAUUGUUGAAAGCUUCCACCAAAACGUUUUAAUACAAAUAUAUAAAUAUCUAUUAAACAGAGAUUUAAAAAUGAAUUUGACAAAACAUAUGUUUUUUAUGGUUACAAAUUCUUGGAACAAGACAUAAACAACAUAGUUUGUUAAAAUCAUUUUUAAAUACACCGACAGUAACGCUAUUUAAAGCAAUCAAAUACACACACAAAAGUCUACAAAUCAUAAAGAGGCGGUUAACGAUUAUCAAGUGUCGCUUAAAGCUUUUUUGUCCCAUCUGCAACAACUACAAGGAUUUUGAGUCUCUUCUCUCCCCCCCAAAAAAAAAAACAACUUUUUGUUCCAAUCGAAACAAGAAAACAAAAAUAAAAGCUUAUUUUAUUUUCAAAACAUAUAAAACAACAACAGAACAACCACACACAACAGCAGCAUUUUCGAAAAUAAAAUAAUAAAAUUAAUUUUUAAGCAAAAAAAAACUUUUUCUAAAAAAAAACAAACUAUAUAAAAUUAUAAAUUUAUUCUUCAUGUACCUUAAAAGAAAAUUGAUAUUAUAAUUAAAAAAAUAGAAUUAAGUUAUUUUUAAACUAUGAAAAAUUAAAAAAAAAAAAAAAAAGAAAUGCUUUUCAUAAAUUUGUUUACAACAAAUUAUACUAAUUUAUAACAUUGUAUUUUUAAUUUUUUUUUAUUAGAAAAUAACUUAAAUGUAAGUUUAAAUUAUGUUAACUUAAAAUUGGAUUAAAAUUUCAAAUUAUUAUGAAAAAAGGAUUAUCGAAAUUAUUUGUGUUUCUCUUGAUUUUACAUACAGUUUAUAUUGAAUGAUAUUUCCCAUUUUUUGAAAGAAAGAAAACGCAGGGUUAAUUAAUGUUGUCGGCGUUAGUUUUUACUGUAUUCUUUUCCAAUACUAUUUAUCCAGUCAUUAAUUUUUAGAGGUUAAUGCAGUCCGUUGCAAAAAUAAAAUCAUAAAACACAAAGUGAACAUUUCAAAAUCCAGCUGUUUAACUUUAAAUUUUUACUUUGUUUCUUUCAACAUUUUUUCAUCCUUCUUUAGCCAAUUUCGAUUGUCUUCCUUUAUAAUUGCUUUGCAAUGUCGAAAACUGUUAGCAUUUACUAGCUUUGAAAAGUAAUGGAUGGUAAGAAAAAACAAUUACCCCACUAUGUAUGUUGUAGUAAAAUACAACUCUGAUUCUGAUACAAUUUGUACUGUGUAAACUUGGGGUUAAUAAUAAUAUACAACAAAGUUUCAAAUUAUUUACUAAAAAAUAUCUUGUUCUGAACAAAAUCUCCCUAGUAACAUCUUAAUCGCAGACUAGUCGCUUUUCUUAUUUACAAGAAACAAGAGACACCAAGAAUUGUUAAACUAUGUUUACAUCGAUCAUUUUUGCCAUAUAUUAAUUGAAAUUGUCAACAUAAAUGUGUUUGAUGUAAACAUAGCCUAAGUAAAACGUGUUUACAGUCAUAAAGCCUGCUUUACGCUGAUACAAAUAUUCCUGAUAUAAUAAAGAAGGUAACGUCAUGCAUCAUAUAUUUGCAAUUGUUUCAAAAUUGUACAUUUAGCAAAAUCUCAUUGUCAAAAUGUUUAUUUUUUCUUUCAAUGAAAUUAAAUUUGACAUACUACAGAAAAAUGCAGAGCUGUAUAUUAUUAUCAUGACACAAUUACAGAAGGUAGAAAAAAGCUACCCCCUAAAUACAUUAAUUUCUUUUGGUGCCCCUAUUAUGUCAAGACAUAUACACAGUUUGUAUACGUGUAUGUAUUGUUUUGAAUUAAAAAGAUAAUAAUUUUAAAUUACGUCAAACUUAGAUGCAAUAUAAAUGUAAUGUUUAAAAAUAUAUUUGAGACAAAAGACUCCUGUACAGAGUUGCAUUUUCCUUGUUUCUUGGAAGUUGAGCAACCUUUCUAAUUGAGCAAUGAGUAUUAUUUGAAAUGAGGAUACCUUAAUUUAAUUGUGUCAUGCCAUGAGCAGGUUUAGCAUACUAAAUCCUCUCGGCUAUCUCGAAAGAGUUUUGUACCUAAACGAAUUCAACGAUUUAUUAUUUAGAAUUAAAAUAUGUCAGGAAAGAAUUACUAUUGCUAAAAGUUACAAAAUACCAUAAAAACAAUGGAUAUGAAAAACACAGGCAUGUAAACGGUGUUAAUUACAGUUCAAUGACCACAUUUGUAGUAUAUACAUUGAUUUUGAAGGAUAUAAAACCAUUUACUAAAAAAAUAUAAUUCCCCUAUAAUGGAUCAUUUUAUGACGAAUUUCUCUCUCAAAAGCCUAAUUAACGCGGUUACGAAUGUAUGUUUGGUGUAAAUUAGGCUAUAGAUCAGAAAUCAUCAGAUCAGAAAAAUCAUAACUAUUUUGAUAUCGAUGAGGAUUAAUGUCAGUCAUAAAAAACUGUUAAUCCCUUAAAUAAAAGCAUUAUUGAUCUCCUUGCUCGUAUGAGCAGAACACUAAUUGUGAAUGGAAUCACUAAACGAAAGAUAAAAAACGGCAUGGCUCGGAUGAAAAAAGAAGCAAACGUUAUUUAAUGGUGUGUUUACAUUGUACUAGACCCGACUGAAAUGUAAACAUACUAAAAGAUUUUAGUUUGCACUAUUAAACACCAUGGUAGAAGAAUAUAGGUAGACGCGUCGACACAGCUGCUGGGACAAUGAACUGUCAAACCAAUUUUGGAAUUGAAAAUGUUGAAUGAAAAAUUAUUUAAAUUUGUAAAAAUUGUUGAAAAACGCGAAUUAUAAUAGCCUCCGUAUGACGUAGUAUAAGAAAAUAUAUAAAAAUCCACUUAUAUCUAAAAAAACAUUUAAAUUUUUUUGACAUAUCAAUGCUCCCAAGCGUUGAUGCAUCUACCUGUAUUCUUCUGCCAUGAUUAAACACUCAGUCAUAUAUUGCAAAGUCAAGUAUAUUGCAAAGGUUACAUGGAUUUUUAUCUCCGAUCAGGAUAUAAUAAGACCAGGGUAAAGGUAGAUGCAUCAACACUUGAGAACAUUGAUAUGUCAAGAUUUUUAAAAUGUUUUUAUUUUAAAUAAGUAGAUUUUUAUAUGUUUUGUUAUACGAGGUCAAUCGGAGGUUGUUAUGAUAUGAAUUUUUCAACAAUUUUUACACAUUUUAAUCAUUUUUCAUUCAAAAUUUUCAAUUUUAAAAUUGGUUUGACAGUUCAUUGUCCCAGCAGCUGUGUCGAUGCGACUGCCUAUAUCAACACUUGAGACUAUUGAAAUGUCAAAAUUUUUAAAAUUUUUUUCGCCAUUUUUCAAAUAUAAAUAGAUUUUUAUAUGUUUUCUUAUACGAGGUCAAUCGGAUGUUGUUAUGAUACACAUUUUUCAACAAUUUUUACAAAUUUGAAUGAUUUUUCAUUCAAAAUUUUUGAUUUCAAAAUGGGUUUGACAGUUCAUAGUCCCAUCAGCUCUGUCGAUGCGACUACCUGUAUUCUAACACCAUGGAAUAAGAAAAAAAUAAUAAAUAUUUAAUCACAGUAAACUUGAUUAUGCGAAACGUACGUAACAUUUAUUGUGAUUGGUCGCUUGUAAGGGAAAAUCCUUGUAAAGAUUUUUUUCUAUAUAAAUAGUGUGAGAUUUGUGCAGGAUCUAUAGAAUCCAAUGGAUGUUGUAUGAGUCAUAUAAAUGAGCAAUAACUAAUUGAGAUCUCGCAAUCAAUUAUUAAGAGGUUGAAUGAGGUAAUUGACAUUGCACAUGUGAACGUAGUAGAAAUGUAUUAUACAAACAAUAUGAGGUUGUGUUUACACCUUACAUGUUUAUAUUAAACACUUUUUAAGCUCAAAUUGGGCAUUUGAAAUAUUGCUGAAGAAAAAAUGUCAGAUAUUUUUCAAAAAGCUACAUAAAAUACGUUCACAUACACAUAUUUAUGCGGGUUAAUCCUGAUAAUUAACCAAUCACAACAAAUUUAAUCUACAUUAAAUUUAUUGUGAUUGGGCAAUUGUCUCGGUUAAAACGCCCAAAGACUUUGUUUGUAAACCGUCUAUAAGUUUAUCAACACAUCUUGUCAAUCAAUUUUGAAUGAUAUUUUGUCUUAAUGACCCAUACAAUGGAUAGGAAUCCUUUUUGAAUUGGUCAAAAUAUAUUACUAAAUAAACUUUGAAGAAGGAAAAGAAUGGGAAAUUUAAUGUAAUUUAACAAAAUUUAGUUAUGAAUAGGUUACUUUGCUUCCAAUUAAUCUAUUUUUUAUAAAUUAUUAUUUUAUUUUAUAAAAAAACAAUUAAAUAACAUUUAUGGGAAUAAAACAAAAAAUGUCUUUUUUUUAGUAUACUAAAAAGUCAUGUUGUGUAAUUGUUAUUAUAGCGCAUAAAAAAAAAACAAUGACAAAGUCAUCUAAUAUCUAUUAUUUCUAUGCAAACAGACAUUACAAAAUAAUAAAACAACAACUUAAAAGUAACAACCAUAUAUGUAUUGCAAUCAUUAUAAAAAGAAGAGAAAUGCAAAUGUAAAACAUUUCAUAUUCCCAAUUAUCCUUAAUUAAAUUACAAUCAAAAAACAA